UGUACUAUCAUUUAAAUCAACCACAACCCUGGUCCUUGUGAUUAAAAUUGUGUUUAUCCUUUGAUCAUUUUAUCUGAAUGGUGAUACAAUUAAAGUGAUAAUUAUAAUUUGCAUGCGUGUGGGUGUUUUGUUUUGAAGGACAAAAUUAUGCCAUUGAGAUCAGAGACAGCUUCUUAAACCAACCUUUCCCCAUUCUUGAAGAAAAACAACAACACCAUGACGACCAUAGACGGUGAAUUCUAUCCCAGCCCCACCCCAAAGCAGCACCCCAGGGUAAAGCCAGAGGCUUCGAGCUAUGCAGAACGUAACCGUGGAACCAUGGAGCGCUGGUUUGACUACUCUGGAAACGACGGUUACGAGUCACCCAGACCUGCGGCCCGCAACAUAACAGAGGAGGGGAAGAAGAAUGCAGACACGAAUAAAGGGAGCAUGAAUGAGAUAAUGGGAGGGUAUGCUGACCCAGUACCUGCAAGGCAUAUCCACCCACGAGCUGUGAAGGGGGAGGGGGCAGACAUCGCACAGCAGAACAAAGGCAGCGCGAUGAAAGACCUUAUGGACAAUUACGGUAAGCUCGCGCUGGAUGAGAAGCCUGCGCACAAGGUGCACGGGGCCGAAGCGGAAGAGUACGCAGAGAGGAAUCAUGGAUCUGUGGACCACCUGAUCAAUAACUACGGGGUCGUGACCCCAGAUGGGCCCCCACCCAAGAAGCUGGGGCUGGGAGGGGAGGAGGUUGCUGAGAGGCACAUGGGGGCUGGUAUGGGGCCACUCAUGAGGAUGGAGGGUCAGCGGACGCCGCAUGAGCCCAAGAUCAGCAGACUGCAUCAGAAGUCUGAGGGACCUGGCUGGGAUGAGAACCCGCCGGCAGUGAGGACAAGGCCAGAGGCAGAGGACAUUUCCGACAAGCAGUCGGCAGAGAUGGUUGGACACUUGAUGAGGGGGGAGGUUGCCCCACCCACUGUCCGAGACCCAAAACUGCCCUUGCACAUGCAGGAGUCUGUCACACCACGUCCUCAAACCAGUCCUCUUAGAACGCGACCUGAGGCAAUGAACAACUUUCAGAAGAACCAGUCGUCAGAGAUGAACGCCAUCAUGCACGGGCAGUCUUCCAAUGGCACGCCUGCACGACGUCAGAACCGUAUGAUGCAGAAAUCUGAAGACUGGUAGUUUGUGACUGCAUCAGUAGUCUUGGAAAUGAAUAGGAAAUAGGAAAAAUCAAAUGUUCCAACAUUUUCACAAUUUCUUUUUUUUAUCUGUUGUUUUUGGUACAUGUCGCAAUGUCGUUCAAUUUUUGUAUAUAUAGUUUUCUCUUGCCUUCUUUGCGGUAUAUACUUGUGUGAGGAAUAGAAUGGAUGUUCAUGAUAAAAGGAAGGGUUGAUAUAGCUUAACAUUUUAAGGAAAACUGACCAUAUUUUGUUGAAAUCACAAUUAAUUUUGCUUUUGUUAAAAAGUUUAUGACAAGAAAAGUAACUUGGAAGUUCAGUGUUCAUAUAUUAAUAUAUCAGCUCAUGGUAAGGUUUAAGCAUGGAAAUGUUCAAUGUUUUAAAGUAUUAUUAUUCAGGUACUGAAAUUUCCCAUUCUAUCGAUCAGUAUUUUGGAAAGAUUGCAGAGUUAGCCUUUAAAAAAAAUCAUGAAGCAUUAGUUCUCCCUACCCUUAUGUAGAUAUGAACAAAACACAUAAAAAAUCUCAAAAAUCAUAAACUUUUCAUUGAAGGCCAAUGGUUGGAGCUCUAUUGAAAGUGUAUAAUUCUUUUGGAAAAACACAAUUUUGUUUUGUAUCUCUUUAUUGUUGUGUUUAACUCACUUCAGUUUUUACAUACUAAACUCUUCUUUACAACAAACAUUUAAGUGUUACUGGUGUUUCAAUUUUCAAGGUGCCAAAUAUUUCUCUCUUUUUUAAGUUGAAAACCUUGUUGUGUUUUGUUUUUAAACUUGUGUAAUGCAUUUUAAUGUUUCUUUAGUAGUGACUUUUACUUUCAUUAAUGGGCUUUGUUAUGCACUUUAAAUUGGACUGUUCUUAUCGCGAUAAACUUUAGUGGCUGUUUUCCUCAAUGUUCAUUUUUAGGUAUUUUUACACCUUCUUUGGGGUGUCUGUGUCCAUUGUGAAAUAUAAAUUGUUGUGAUUUUUUAAGAAUUGUAUAAUUACGGUUGUGUGUUUUUUUAUAUAGCUUUUAAAAAAUUUGUCAGUUUCAUAAAAUAGAAAAUUUUAAAAACCCAUGUAUUACAUUUGUUCAUAUUUAACUUCAUACUUAUCUAUUAUUUGUAAUGCCUCUUAUCCACUCAGAUUAGGUUGGCGAUGACAAUAAGUAUGACCCAGUUCUUAUUAUAAAAAAAUUGUUUUGGUGAAGAUUUAAAUUUUUUAAGAAGACAUAUUUUUGGUAUUGUUUAUCAAAUGAACUUUGCUGGACUUGUAUUGUUUACAUGAUAUAUAUUUAGUUAUUAUCAGAUGUAUGCCACAUUUACUGUAUUAUUUCGUUUGUGGAAACAUAAUUUAUAUGAACGAGUUACUGGUUAGGAUCUCAAAAAAAUUAUUUGAGAAUCAUAAUAAAUUUCCAAAUAUGAGGAAAGUAAAGGUCUCAGUUUUCAUAAUAAUACAACUUUUUAUUAAGAUCUCACACAGUUCUCUUUUAUAUAAAACAUUGUGUCGUGAUGUAGAUAAUAUUUAAAUGGGUAUAAAUUAUGCCUAAAUUAACAACAGCUUGUGUAUUUUCUUAAUUUUAAUUACGAUGCCCAUGCCGAAUGCGUCUCAGAUUUUGUGUUCAUUCCAACUUGAUGUCUCAUUUUGCUUAGUGUAUGCGUUGUGUCAACUAGAGUCCGCUUUUAGAGCGAGUAUAUACAAUUUCAAUCUUAAGAUUUUAGUAUGUCAAUCUUAAACCAAGAUUUGAUUCAAACGAGCAAUGCGAUAUAAAAUUAUUCAAUAAUCUUUAUAUCGCACCAUUAGUCAAAUAUUGUUUAUUUCAAUAAAAUUUAUAACGAACAAAUUUACAUUGAUACUGACACAUGUACUUGUUUUUGUUACAGAACCAAUAUUGUGUAUGUGUGUUGUAUGAACAAAUAUGCACAGGUUAAUUGGAAAUUCCCAACAAACUGCAAUAUUAUUUGCAUUGAAUAUUCUGUUACUGCUCUUCUGAACUUGUAUUCUAGUUUUAUAUUUUUAUACUUGUUUUAUAAAUUAUUAAAGUUUUUUGUCUUCUAUAAAUAAGCCAUUUUUCCUUGCUGUCUGUUUGAAUUACUGAUGCAAAUGAUGUCUAUUGUGUGCUUUUGUAAUGCAUUGUCUAUAGUGUGCUUGUAAAAAAAAAAAUGAAAAAAAAUCUUAAUAUUUCAGCACCACUGGAAAAGUGUUAAAAAAAUGCUUUUCACAUAUGUAAGCUGUUUGUGAAUUUAAAAUAAGCAAAUAAUUGUAAAUUCCCACCGUAUUUUUAAUUACACUUUGCACAUGUUUUUGUAAGUAAACAUAUCAUUUUUUGUGUGAUUUCAUAAUUAAAUUAUAGAUUUUUACAUCUAUUGUUUUUGUUUCAAACUGUUUUACUUGCAAUUUUUAAGUUGUUCUUUUCUACAUUUGUUCAUAAACCUUAAUUUGAACAAAAAGUGAAAAUUUGAACAAAAAGUGAUAUUUGUAUUGACUCCUUUGAACAAGUCUGAAUGGGUUUAAGUUAAACAUUAAAUUUCAUGGAGCUUAUAAAUAUUUACUUGCUUUUUGCUAAAUAAAAAGACUGUAAAAUUGGUGUACAUUUAUUUAUUCAUUUUCAAUGCUACAAAUGUUGUUUAAUUCUUAUAAAAAAUAGAAAAUUGUUUGAUUGUGCUGAUAUGUCAUAUUUUUGCCUGAGCUUUUCUUGUUUUAAUUAUAAAGUCGAUGUUCAAAGUUGUAAAUUUGUAUUAACGUUCAUCUGUCAUUACCAUAGCUUCAGUGCUUGUUUAGUGCACAUUGCUACAUUUACUUAAUUUGUUAACAGUAGAACAUUGAUGAUCAGUUGUAUCAUUUAAUUGCAUAGACAACACACAUAGUUGGAAUUACUGUAAUCAUAGAUUUAUAGUAUUAAAUAGAGACAAAUAUAUGUAAUAGAUCAAAAGAAACACUAUGAUAUUGCUUCUUUUUGGUGCUAUAUUUCAGUAAGCCGACUUGAACUGGCUCAAAUGUAUGUUGUACAUUCAGAUUAUGUGUUGCUUAUGUAGUACACGUAUAUGGAAAUUAUGGGACAUUGGUAUAAUGUUACAGAGUUAGAAGAUCAUAAAAGGCUAAAUUGUCUAAUUAAGAGAAAAUGGUUUGUGUAUGGGCCAUUUACAAUACUGUAGUUGUUAAUUUUCUUACUUAAGGUUCUUAACAAUUCAAGUCUUUUGAUUUAUAAUAUUUGUCAACUUCGAAUGACUCAAUUAUAUGUGUUCAUUAUGUUCAAAUAACAUAUUUAUAUAAUUUUAGUAAUUUUUUUUUCAGAAGCUUGCUUGCAUAUUCAUUGUCACGUGUUUUGUUUUUGUAUUUAUCAUUUUACUUGAAUUUAGCUACACUGUUGUACAUUUUUAUGAAAUUGUGUAAUCUCAGUUUUAGUAAUGGCUACUUUAUAAUUUGCCAAAUAAAUCCAGUUAAAAAUCA